AUGCUCUGCCUCCAAGACACCCUCAACAACAACUCCACACGCGCCACCUCCUCGCCUCUCAAGGUCUUCUCUGCCGCCCUAGCUUUCUCCUCGAUCCUUCUCUUCGCCCCGCUCCGCCCGUUGCCGACAUCUCCAGCCACACCCCGUGCAAGUAGUCAGUUUGCCAAUCGGGAGAAGCUGUCCCUGAAGAAGAUGGAGUUGUCGCUGAAGCUCAACGCUCCCGCCAUGGCGAUCAAAGCCACCAUCGAGAAGACCAAGCGUCGGUUCGACUACUAG